GCCUCUUCAGACCGGGUUCCUCUUCCUGUUCCUCGUACCUUUUCCCUUCCCUUCACGGUCAGUGACGUUACAACAUGGCCACCGACAUUACCAAUUGCAGGGUACUCGUUGUCGGCGGGUGUGGCUACUUGGGCUACCGCAUUAUUCGAUGGCUGGUCCACGAAUGCCAAAUGCCUCCAUCGGAAAUCACCAGCGUUGAUAUUAUAGAUCCACCGGCAGGCCGGGAGGAGAAGCUCGUUGAAUAUCUUCUGGCCGACAUGACCGACAAAAAGGCCAUCAGCGACGCGAUUGACAAAAUCCAACCCGAAGUCAUCAUCCACACCGCCUCUCCGGCAGCAAACUUGGCAAACCUAAACAUUUUCAUGCGCAAUAAUGUGGAGGGGACACGCAAUCUGCUGGAUGCUGCCGUCGCACAGCCGUCGGUGAAAGUGGUUGUUUUUACAUCGAGCUCAUCGGUGAGCCACGACUCCAUCAGCGACCUCAGCGAGGGAACCGAGGAUGAUCCGUAUGUCUUCCUUCCUCGGCAGCGCCAGACGUACUCUCACAGUAAGGCCGUCGCAGAGCAGCUCUCACGUUCGUACAACCGGAAACGCAAAGACUUCGUCACCGGUGUGAUCCGACCUUCAGCCUUAUUCGGACCCGCAGAACCGAUUACAACCGUUGUCUUGGUGGCGCUGGCGAAGAAAGGCAACCUGCGCUACCAGAUCGGCGACGGCAAGAAUGCCACGGACUUCACGUAUGUCGACAAUGCCGUCAUUGGCCACAUUCUGCUCGUCAAUGGGCUUCUAAAAGCAGUGGCGCACCCAGAGCUCGUACACGAGGACAUGCGGCUCGAAGGAGAAGCAUUCAUCAUCACCGACGAUGAGCACUGGGGUUUCUGGACCUUUUUCCGAGACUUCGGCGCGGCAGCCGGGUACCCAACCGAUCCAAGUAAGAUUAUCUCCAUUCCGAAAGGCCUUGCGCUCGGUGUUGCCGGCCUCAUCGAAAGAACGUACUUGGCUUUCACUUUCGGAAACAAAGCCUCGCCUGUAAGGCAAGUCGACCUUGCAUACAGUGCCAUCGAGAGAACUUUCAAUAUCGCCAAGGCGAAGAAGAGGCUGGGAUAUACACCGCGUUUCUCCGUCAACGAAGGCAUACGGCUUUCAGUGGCGCCGAUUCUGGAGGCAAAAUCGCAUGUGUGAGGUACAGAUACCCGGUAGAAUGACCGGACCGCUCAAAGAUGCACUUCUCGAUGGUAGCAGGGCCGAAGCAGGGAUCUUUAUGGUCUUUAGGUCAUCAUAACAAACCACCAAAGUCGUCUGAAUGCCGGCUGUUCGAGUUCAGGACGGGACAGGCUCGCUGACUCCCCAGCUGGAGAUGGGGAUGACUCGAUGACUUCACCAGCAUAGCUGUGUACUCUUCAGCUCGAGGAACGAGAGGCUCCACAUAUGCAUCACAGGUCAACGAGGUAUUCUUAGUGGAGGACGCGUAUCGAAGCCUUGUUGAAUGCUUCAUUUCAGGCAUACACUUCAAAUGUGACAAAAAAUGAAACAUAAAGUCGCUGUACUUGGCGACAGGUUUCAACUUAUUCCACUGAUCCUGUUAGUCAUUUGAUGUCCG